GCCGCGCUUAUGGCGUCGAGAAGACGAAAGUUGUGACUUGUGGAACAUGUCAGUAGUUCGGAAGGCGCAGUGAGGACGGUUGUGUUGUGCUAGUGCCUUUAGUGUAGUGCAAGUUUUACACCUUUAUGAAUAAGAGCCAGAUGCCGUCAUAAUGGACCAGAACCUCAAGGUACCCACGCGCAACGUCCUCACCGGGGCCAUCGUGAACUGGGAUGACGACGAGAUGAGCGUCGGUGACAGCCCCGAAAACCUCACCCUGGCCUGGAAGGACCUGUCGGUCUACCGGAAAAGGAAGACGCAGAAGAGCAUAUGGAGUUCAGCGGUGUACGAGGAGGUGAAGGUGCUGCAUGGAGUUAACGGCGUAGUGUCCUCGGGCAACCUGGUCGCUCUAAUGGGAUCAAGUGGUGCUGGCAAGACCACUUUGCUAGCGGCCAUCAGCCGUCGCGACAAGUCCGCCAUGACUGGCUACCUGAUGCUGAAUGGCAGAUUGGCUGGUGCUGAUCUGAUCGCCAGGAUAUCAGGCUUCGUACCCCAGGAGGACCUGUCCAUUGAUGACUUGACUGUCACUGAGCAUAUGGAGUUUAUGGCCCGCCUGAUGAUGGACAAGCGCUCAAAUUCUACCAUGAGGUCGAAGCGUAUAGAGCAGCUGUUGGCGGACCUGGGAGUGUCCACCUGCAAGCGGACCAAGUUGAAGGCACUGUCUGGUGGGGAGAGGAAGCGAGUGGCGCUGGCUGUCCAGCUUCUCAACGACCCACCAAUCCUUUUCUGCGACGAGCCGACCACCGGGCUGGACUCGUCAGCGGCGUCCGCCGUCGUCUCCCGACUCCGCCGCCUCGCCAUCGGCGGGAAGCUGGUGGUCUGCUCCGUCCACCAGCCCGCUUCCGGCGUCUUCGAGCUGUUUCACCAGGUGGUGCUGCUGGCGAGCGGCAGGAUCGCCUUCCACGGGACGAUCGAGCAGGCGGAUCAGUUCUUCGCGUCAUUAAACUUCAAAUGCCCCGUGGGUUUCAACGCGGCGGAAUACUACGUCUCUCUCCUCGGAAUAGAGAUAGACAACGAGCAGGACAGUAGAGAGAGAAUAAGGAGAAUAUGCAACGAGUACCAGCGGUCAGCCAUCGCGUCAGAGAUAGAGAGUCAAGUAGGAGAUGUGAAGGACGAAGCAGAGUAUUUCGAUGGGACGUUGGAUGGAAAGAACCUGUAUUUCGAAAGAUAUCUCACCCUAGUCAAAGUGAACUACUUCGUGCAGUUCUACUGGUUAAUGUGGAGGAACAUACAGUCCAUCAAACACAACAAGGCGUUGUGGAUAUCUGAAUUCCUGUUACUAUUGUUUGUCGGCCUCAUAAUCUCCAUCCCCUACAUGGGCCACUUCAAGGAGCUCGAUCAGCGCGACAUCCAGAACGCCGAAGGUCUCCUCUACCUCACCAUCACGGAGACUCUCUUCCUCUUUGGCUACUCUGUCUUCUUUACGUUCCCCGGGGAAGUCCCGAUACUGCUGCGAGAGUCUGCCAGUGGACUAUACUCGCCGCUGCCGUAUUAUUUGUCGAAGAUGAUAUUUUGGAUCCCGCGCGCCGUGAUAGAACCGCUGGUGUAUUCCACGCUGAUCUUCAACGUCGCCGGUCUCACCGGUGGACUGCAGGACUGGCUGGGAUUCUCCUUCAUCACCAUACUGUGUGCCAACUACGCGAAUGCUUAUGGUUCCUUCCUAUCAUCCGUGUUCGACAAAAUGGAGACUGCAGCAUUGGUAUCGGUGCCUUUCGAGCUGGUAGGCACCAUGUUCUCUGGUAUCUACCUGAACUUAGGUAGCGUGUCACCUUACGUCGCCUGGUUGAAAUACAUCUCAGCUUUCUACUAUGGAGUAGAAUCUAUCUCGAUCCUACAAUGGGACUCGAUAGAAUCCAUCGCCUGUGUAGACGUCAAAGGUAUGCCGUGUAUAAAGACGGGACCGGAGGUUUUGAAGCGGUUUGGUUAUGAAGAAGCGCACUUUUGGAGGAAUUGUGUGUGUCUAUGUAUUAUGUACUGUGUCGCUCAUACUGUUGCUUUCAUCAUGGUGGUCAAAAGAAGUCGAGGGACGCCCGUAUAUUAAGGUGCUUUAUUUUUGAGAAUAAAUGCGAUCAGUUUGAGGAAUGUCCUUAUAAGCUUAUUAUUCCCUUUGCUGGGAUCAAUGAUAUUAUUAUUGAUUGUGUCGAGUAUGAAAUUGUAGAUGUACUAUGUAAAUACAUGUGUUACUUCCUAUUACCAACUGAAUAUAUCUUUCUGAAGUUAGCUUAGUUUUAUUAACCUAAUACACAAAUUUAUUUUAUUCCUGAUUAAGAACUGUGCUGUGCGCAUUUAGCAGCUAACUUCAGAGCGAUAUAUUCAGUGCAUGUUUUCAAUUUAAGGAGUGUUCGUAGUUUAAAUACAAUUAAGUUUUAAUUUUGAAUUAGAUCUGGAGCAACCGCGGCUAACUUCACUCUAAUAUUUGCUAAACAAAGUCUGAAGUUGGCUGCUUUUGCGCGAAUGUCGUGGUCUGCGACUAAGUUUACUCUGUAUUUUGACAGAUGCCUUUAUAAUUAUUUUUAAAUUAGCCUGGACGAAUGAGAAGCCACGGCAAAAUCGAAUCAUUGAUAUUAUCAAUAUAUUUUUUUAUUCCUAUAAAAUAUAGGAAAUGUGUUUUUGCAUGCUCUCUUUAUUUUUUUAAUACGUACAAUGUAGAUGUGUUAAUAUUGUGAGAUUAAGUAGUAAAUUAUGACGUGUUUUUGAUUUUUAUAUGAAUAAAAUAUGAUGAUUUGUA